CCACAAUGAGCCGCAACAGCCGCAAGAGCCAUGACCUCCGGCCGCUCUGACGCUCCCUCUCUGGCCGCCUUCCCAGACUCGACCACCGGCGUCCUCCCCGUCCUGCCGCCAGGCGUCGACCUGCCCGAUCGCAACCCUCGAAACAAUGCCGCAACAGCCGCCUCGGCCGCCGGAGUGCGGGCUCUAAGUGCGCAGCUCGUUGCCUUUUACUUCCGCGCCCCGGCCAAGUCCUUCUUCCGCACCAGAGUCGACUACCUGGCGUAUGCCCGCACGAUCCACCAGCUGCAGACGAAGAAGCUGAUGCAGGCCGUGGCGGAAGAUGCGUCGCCGUCGAAGCUGGUGGCGGCGCUCAGGCAGACGUGGUUCUGGAUGCGGAGCACGACCCCCGGCGUCUUGACGUCGGCCAUCCGCCACGAGGGCUGGAGCGUCGUGCCGAACCAGAUCCUGCCGCCGCUCAUCGCCAACAUUGGCGUCAACGCCGUUCUGUAUACGGGAUACCUGCAGAUCCUCGGCCAUCUGCAUGAAGAGAGCUCCAAGGCCAGCAAGCGCGUGUAUCCUCCGCCGCCGCCGCAGGCCACCUUCACGGCUGGGUUUCUCGCAGGCGGGCUGCAGAGUGUUCUGGCGGCGCCGCUGGACGCCCUGCAGGCGCGUUACGACCAUCGCGACAUGAUGCCCAGCGACGGCAGCGGACGGACGCGCAGCAUGUGGACAUUCAGUGCCGAAAAGCUAAGGGAAAUUGGAAUGCGUGGCAUAUUCGCGGGAUGGGGGCUGUCGUUCUUGAAGGACAGCGUUGGUUGUGCCAUCUUCUUCAGCACAUUCGAGUACAUCAAGGCACAGGCGUACUACCGCUUUGUGACGUGGUACUACGGGGGCCUGGAAGAGGACAUUGUCGAUCUUCUUGCCAUCAAGCGUCCAACUGAUAGACCGAAAGAUGACGGCAUCCAGCUCAUUCGGCCACACUAUGCCAUCGAGCCCAUGUUUCUCUUAGCAGCCGGCAUCAGCGCCUCAUUCGCGCAACAGCUUGUUCUCCACCCACUUACGCACUUUCAAGUCAAACACUGGGACCACCUCGAGGAUCUGGACGCAAAAGCUGCACGACUUCGCGCAUCUCGAGCCGCCAAUCCGGACCAGCCUCGGCCGCGGUGGAAGAUGCUGCGGGCGUACUACCGCGCCUAUCAGGAGACCUGGGCAGGGUGUACUGCUGAGGCAUCGGCCGAGGGACUGAAGCUGGGCAAGUGGCUAUACCGCGGGUUCUGGUGGAACACGAUCCGACAGGUGCCGAGCACAAGUGCCGGACUCAUCAUCUUCGAACUCAUUCGGCGUAAAUACGGAUUCGGCAUGGACGAGGUUCGGAUCACCAAGGACGGAUACGACCUUUUGCUGCAUUAGAGGGCGUCUCCUAUGUGAGUUUUGUACAGA